CGGCCCGGCUGGGAGUGCGCGCGGGCGCGCGCGGGGAGAGCGGGAGCGCGCGAGGCAGCCGGGCCCGCGCCGCGCCGCCUCGUCUUCGCCCCGCGGCCGCUGGCCGCCCCGGCCCCUCCCCUCCCCCGUGAGCUGCGCACCGCCGGCCGGCUGACCCAGCGGCCCGCGUCCGCGCCCUUGUCAGCCCGACCCCGCGGCGGGCUCCAGGCGGCCGGCAGCAUGAGCGGCGGCGGCGACGUGGUGUGCACCGGCUGGCUGAGGAAAUCGCCUCCCGAGAAGAAGUUGAGGCGCUAUGCCUGGAAGAAGCGAUGGUUUAUCCUGCGGAGUGGCCGGAUGAGUGGUGACCCAGAUGUUCUGGAAUACUACAAGAAUGAUCACUCUAAGAAGCCCUUGAGGAUCAUCAACCUGAACUUCUGUGAGCAGGUGGAUGCAGGCCUGACCUUCAACAAAAAGGAGCUGCAGGAUAGUUUUGUGUUUGACAUCAAGACCAGUGAGCGCACCUUUUAUCUGGUGGCCGAGACGGAGGAGGACAUGAAUAAGUGGGUCCAGAGCAUCUGCCAGAUCUGUGGCUUCAAUCAGGCUGAGGAGAGCACAGACUCCCUGAGAAACAUGUCCUCUGCCAGUCAUGGCCCCCGCUCUUCUCCAGCUGAGCUCAGCAGCUCCAGUCAGCACCUUCUUCGAGAACGCAAGUCCUCAGCCCCAUCGCACUCCAGCCAGCCAACCUUGUUCACCUUUGAACCCCCUGUGUCCAACCACAUGCAGCCCACCUUGUCCACCAGUGCGCCUCAGGAGUAUCUCUACUUGCACCAGUGCAUAAGCCGGAGAGCGGAAAAUGCAAGGAGUGCCAGCUUCUCUCAGGGCACCAGGGCCUCGUUUCUCAUGAGGAGCGACACAGCUGUACAGAAACUUGCCCAGGGCAAUGGACACUGCGUCAAUGGGGUCAGCGGUCAAGUCCACGGCUUCUAUAGCCUCCCCAAGCCAAGCCGGCACAAUACAGAAUUCAGAGACAGUACCUACGACCUCCCCCGGAGCCUGGCCUCCCACGGCCACACCAAGGGCAGCCUUACAGGCUCUGAGACCGAUAAUGAGGACAUAUACACCUUCAAGACACCCAGCAACACUCUAUGUCGGGAGUUUGGGGACCUCCUGGUGGACAAUAUGGACGUUCCAGCCACCCCACUCUCAGCCUACCAGAUCCCUAGGACAUUCACGCUGGACAAGAACCACAAUGCCAUGGCAGUGGCCACUCCUGGGGAUUCGGCCAUAGCUCCCCCACCCCGGCCCCCCAAGCCGAGUCAGGCAGAAACACCUCGAUGGGGCAGUCCUCAGCAGAGACCUCCAAUCAGUGAAAGCAGCAGAUCCGUCUCUGCCGCUGCCACCAUCCCCAGGCGCAAUACCCUCCCGGCGAUGGACAGCAGUCGGCUCCACCGAGCUUCUUCCUGUGAAUCCUACGAGUACCCCCAGCGAGGAGGAGAGAGUGCAGGCCGGUCUGCCGAGUCCAUGAGUGAUGCGGUCCGUUCUUUCCUGCCAGGGAAAACAGUUGUAGGCCGAUCAGAUAGCGCCAAUUCUGAGGACAACUACGUGCCCAUGAAUCCAGGUUCCUCCACCCUGCUGGCCAUGGAGCGAGCAGGUGAUAAUUCCCAGAGUGUCUACAUCCCCAUGAGCCCAGGACCCCAUCACUUUGACGCGCUUGGCUACCCCUCAACAGCCCUUUCUCUGCACCGGGGCCCCAGCCGAGGGAGUGAGAUCCAGCCACCCCCUGUCAACCGCAACCUCAAACCUGACCGGAAAGCAAAGCCAACACCACUUGACCUGAGAAACAACACUGUCAUCGAUGAGCUCCCCUUCAAGUCACCUGUCACCAAGUCUUGGUCGAGGGCCGUUCACACCUUCAACUCCAGCUCCUCCCAGUACUGCCGCCCCAUCUCCACCCAGAGCAUCACCAGCACGGACUCCGGAGACAGCGAAGAGAACUACGUCCCUAUGCAAAACCCAGUGUCUGCGUCUCCCAUCCCCAGCGGCACCAGCAGUCCGGCCCCUAAGAAGAGCACGGGCAGCGUUGACUAUCUGGCCCUGGACUUCCAGCCGAGCUCCCCCAGCCCCCACCGCAAGCCGUCCACGUCCUCUGUGACUUCCGAUGAGAAGGUAGACUACGUUCAGGUGGACAAGGAGAAGACCCAGGCUCUGCAGAGCACCAUGCAGGAGUGGACGGACGUGAGGCAGUCCUCGGAGCCUUCCAAGGGCACCAAGCUGUGACACAGGGGCCACCAAGUCUGGGGAGGCGCCUGGAGGUAGAGUCACCGGAGCUGGCUCCUCCCCGUCUGUCUGCCCCCGCCCCCUUCUCUCCAGUUGUCCCCUCCACUCUGGCCUUCAAAGCACUUGAUGUCAGGGACCCUGAACCCUUCUCCUGGGAGGUGAGGGCCUGAUCAAGGCACUACUCUGCCCACUCAGGGCCCACCUUUGAUUUUUAUCAGUAAUGGCCAUCCUCUACCCACCUUAGUUAGAGCUAUUGCCAAAAAGCAUCCUUCAGCCUCUUUCUGUCCUUUAGACCUAAAUACCUACUAGGCGUUGGGAGGGGCUGGGGCUCUGAGCCAGAUUCCACACCUCACAUACGGUCUUGGCCCUCAAGCCCUCUUCCCUCCAGCUACUGGGCUACCUCUCCUUAAGUCCCACAAGAUGCCACGUCAUCUCGCUGGUCCAAGGAGCCCAGGACCAGCAGACCAAAGUGGACAUGGACUUCUUCAUCCUUGUCUUUCUUGGUAGGGGAGAGGCAAGGCCACCAAAAGAUGGAGUUGAGAAGGAAGGUUAGAGGUGGUCUUGAGGGACAGAGGAAUGAGAUCCCAGGUGCAGAAGGCAGUUGAUAUGGGCAGGGGCCUCCUAACUUUGUAGCUGUUGUAGGUUGGGAGAGCCAGAAGAAUGAGGACAAAAGGAAGGAAAACGGGAGGAUAGGCAACCAGAAACAAGGGGCGGGGGGGUGACAAGGACCCUG